UUUAAAUUGUUGAUUCGUUAAUCAACUAGUUCUUAAAUCAUUCCUAAAAUAUGUUUUGCAGAUUUCCACUGAUUUGUAGAUUGAUUUCAAAUUUCCAAAAACAAAAUAGUGACGAAUGACUUUAUAGAUGGCGCAAGAAUCGAAUUUGAUUUGAAGGAAGCCUAAGUAAAAUGGCCGCCUAAGAUCGAUAAAAGUAACAGUGUGUUUUUAGUAAAAAUUCGGGAUAUUUUCAUAGAAAUAAAUGCUUCAAGGUGCGCGAAUCUGUGGUCAACUGUGUUUUAUAAUUCUCUAGUUAUUUAGUGAUAAUAGUUUUAAUCCAUACGACAAAUUCAGAUGGAAAAUCUCUGAAUACAUUGCGAUUGUUUUACUAAAGAGAAUGUAGCUGACUUGAGAACAUAACAGCAUUUCUUUGAAAAAUGGCAACAACCCAAGGCGAGAUUAGGGUGGGUCCUGGCAACCAGGCUCGUCUGCCGGAAUACCGGCCUGCUGUGCCCCCGGAUCGCCUCAGUCCUGAUCCUGAGGCUUCUCGUAGCAGGGAAGAGCCCCGUUGGGUGCCUAACCAGAGCUUGGACGGCGAUCUGCUGAUGUACCUGCGGGCGGCAAGGUCCAUGGCUGCGUUUGCCGGAAUGUGCGACGGAGGAUGUCCGGAAGAUGGCGCUCACGCCGCCAGCAGGGAUGACACCACCAUCAACGCUUUGGAUGUUUUGCACGAUUCAGGAUACGAUCCAGGCAAGGCCUUGCAGACAUUAGUAAAGUGUCCCGUACCAAAAGGUAUCGACAAAAAAUGGAGUGAAGAAGAAACGAAACGGUUUGUCAAGGGACUGAGACAAUUUGGAAAGAAUUUUUUCAGAAUCAGGAAGGAUCUUCUGCCACAUAGAGAUACGCCUGAAUUAGUGGAAUUCUACUACCUCUGGAAGAAAACUCCGGGCGCGAAUAAUAAUAGGCCUCACAGGAGGAGGCGACAAGGCUCUCUCAGGAGGAUAAGGAAUACAAGAAACAGUAGAGGAGGUCGCAACGCUCCGGCGGAAACGGAAAGCAACAGACCGUCACCUCAACCCGGCAAAGAACCCGGCGAAACGAGUUCCGUUACAGAGGAUGACAAUGAUAGUGAGGAUGACAGUGACAGCAGAGAUGCUCAGUACAGAUGCUCUCAUUGCUUUACAACCAAUUCCAAGGAUUGGCAGCCAGGUGGAAAAGAUCGACAACUCCUGUGCUGGGACUGCAGGGCUCAUUAUAAAAAGACGAAUGAACUGCCACCUGUCACUAACCCGCCUGCUGGCACGAACAAUGCUUCUACAGAUAAUCCGGACGACAGUCCACAACGCAUGCGGACACGCAACAAAGCAAAAGAACAGACGAACAAUCGUCAACGACCGAAACGCGGCGGUACUGAAACGCCGGAACCUAAAACACCAGUCAAACAAUCGAAUUCUGAGAAAUCGAACUCUACGCCUUCCAACACCCCCGUUAAAAAGGGCAAACCUGAUAAACCCGAAACACCGAACAAGAACCGCAAACGCCAGCAAGACGCGAAAACCGAAGAUACAGAGACCGACGAGAAAGACUUGGGCGUACUAAAGAAGAAACGCGAAAGAGCUGAAAGCCCAAGCAGCGUCACCACGGACUCGGAAACCGUGAAUGAAGAUAUCGAGAACACGGAGAACGAGAACGACAACUCAAACGAGAACAGCAAUAGCAAUAGUUGUCCUCCGUCAACUUCGACUAGUACCAUAAUUAGUUCUUCCAGCAGUUGUGUAACCACAACGUCUGCACCUGCUACCCCCACUCAAGAAUCUCUGCCAAAGUUGCCUGUUAAGCAAGAGGCUGUGGAUCCGGUUACGGUGCCCACGGUGGUGGACGUCAAGCCACCUACGCCGACAGGUUCGUCAUCCGCGCAGGCGCCUCCGCCUACGCAAACGGUGAUCAAGCCACAACCUUGCGCAGAACCGAUGCCGCUCAAUAUUUCUAUCAGGCUCCCAGAUGACAUCAACGAGCGUAAAAAUCUCAUAAAAAGAAGCCUAGAUGGUGCUCUGGAAAGCCCCGAGAUAAAAUAUCCUCCAGACGGAUUGAAGUUCAAUCCAGACUCUAUGAAAAUAAAUACAGACAUCAAGUUCUCGCAAGAAUCCGAAUUCAAGGACAUCAAGCAGGAAACUGUACCUGUAAGACUCGAAGAAAAAGUUGAAGAUGUUAAGGAUGUGAUGCUUCCUCAGCAGGUGUCAGUGGUUCAAGAAAAACCAUUCAAAACGGAACUCAUUAUCCCUAAGGUACAUACCAUGGACAAGACUGUCAUCAAAGAGGAAAUGGACUCUUCCAAUGAGGCUAUUAAUUUGAAUCCCAUUAAGAUACAACACCCACAUGAAGGCAGGAAAGAGCCACAUGAGAGUCAUUACAAAGAGAAUAUCUUCAUACCACAAAAUCUCAACAGCAUGAAGGAACCAAUACAGUACAUGAAGGAUCCAGGAAUAAUGAACCACAUGUCCUCGAAACACAAUCUGAGCGUAAAGGAUCCCCAACAAAUAGAAAAACACAAGGAGCAGAUAAUCAACAUGAAUCAUUCGAGCUACAUGUCAGACAUGAAGCCAGAACCGCCAUCUUACGGCGGAUAUCAGAACCCACCCUCGAAUCCCCCUCCAAAGGACCCGAAUGCGAAUCCGAACGCAACCACUGCUGUCACGAUCAACAGUAUGAAUAAUACUGUGAUCAAAAUGGAGCCCAGGGAUGAACCGAUGGAGUUGACUAGUCAGAAUAGGAGCGAACCGAGUCAGCAGUAUGGUGGAAUUCAGCCUCAACCACUUAACAUACCACAAGUAAUACCAAUGGCUCAGAGCAUCCCUUCGAGUAUACGACCUCCAGACCUCUACGAAGAAGAAAAACGCCUGGAGAAAUUGGAACGACCUGAAAGGGUGGAUCGACCGGAACGAAUCGACAGACCGGAUAGGCCGGACAUCAGCCCAAUUACUUCCGGAUCUAUUGGUCAGCCGCCGUUGCCCAGUCUCAUGCAAUCCAACAAUUUGGUUACCAUUGGUGGGUCUCAACCACCUCCGCCUAUCAGCCACUAUGGUUUCAUGACGGGAGUGUCACCUUUUAACCAUCCGCAAAGUCCUAGGAAUAUGGAGAAAAGUCAGCAGCAUUUGCCGCCGACCAGCCAGGCUCAGAAUCAGAAUGAACCUCAGAACUUGAAGAUCAAACAAGAACUGCCAGACACACCUUCCACUCAGUCUUCUCAGCUGCCACCGGCAACGAACCAUUUGAGUAGUUUAAGUAGUUUUGGUCCUCCUCAACAGUCUUCUGUCUCCAAUGGCUUCAUGACGCCUUUGCAGCCUCCACCACCACCCGCUGUUGAUCCUCUGCAAAGUUUGAAGGAUGUUAAGAUUCCUGGGUACCUGCCUCCUCCUCAACCUCCAACCUCGCAACCUAGUAAUGAUCGAGGAGACAGGCCUCCAUCGGGUUCUCAAGUGGAAGUGAAAAAGGAAUUGGACUAUGGUUCUAGACCUGCAAGUAGCGGUCCAAGUCCGAAGCCUCUGGUCGAGAAAUGUACCACGCCAAAGACGAAUAGUAAUACACCUACUCCCGGAGCACAAAUCUCGCAGACUCCGCCGCCAUUGAGGCAUCAAAGUUCGCCCCAUUCAGCGAUAAACCUAGUCAGCCCGAGCUCGGGUCCACCACCCACCUCCUUGGCAAGCCAACCGCCUCCAGGCGGCCCUCCAACAUACGGCUCACCGAUGCACCCGCACCAUCCACACCUAGUACACCCAUCCUUCCUUCACAUGCAGUUCCACCCUGCGACGCACCCCUAUUCCGCUUACCCCUUCUCUUACCCGUACCCGUAUCCAGUACCGCCCCAGCCACACGCAAUCCCACCCCCUACCAGCCGAGGCGAGCUUCCUUGCGUCCCCAAGGCUAUUGACACUGUCAGCGCUACGUUGAUGUCGUCACAGCACUCUACAAGUAGCACCCUAACCUCUAAGAGGGAAACCAGGGAGUCCGACGAGAAUGGAGGGGAGAGACACCAGACGCACGAGAUGACCUUGACCAAUCAUCAGAGCACGUCGCAUAAUAGUUCUGUACAUGCUACGGUGGACAAACACAACUACGGUAGCAGUCACAGCAUCACAAUUUCACACAGUACAAGUACCAGUUCGAGUCAAAGUGUGCAGCAUAAGGUUAACCAGAAGACUGUUAGAGCUAGUUCACCACACACUCCAGUAUCACAGAUUACCUCAUCAUCAACAUUGAAUCACACGUCUACCUCCUCAACGUCAACAAGCAAUCACCAACACACCCAUCACCACACGCAUUCGCAUCAUGAACGGUCGUCUCCGUUGCUGCGACACGCUGGAAUAGGCGGUAAACCUCCCACUCCACAGGCAAACCCUCACCAUUUGAUGAUUCAACCGCCGAAUAUGGGCCACCAUCCUUCAUUGGGACCUCCACCGCAUGGAACAAGUUCUCUGGACGCUCUAAGGGCUCACGCAGCCCAAGCAGCGGCCAAUAUGGGCCAACAGGCAAUGCCCCCGUCACCCGCGGGUGGUCUGCAACCGAGACAGGAGGAUGUCAAGGUGGAGGAGCCAGAGCCGACGACGCCCGAAGAAGACGUCCAAGCUAGUCCUCCAGGUGCGCCAAGAGGCCCAUCUCCUGAACCCAGAAUUGAGGAUGCGGAGUGUCACAGGAGUCAGAGUGCAAUUUUCUUGAGGCAUUGGAACCGAGGCGACUACAAUUCCUGUUGUCGUACGGAUCUGACCUUCAAACCGGUGCCAGAUUCAAAAUUGGCUCGCAAGAGGGAGGAGCGAUUGCGAAAGCAGGCUGAGAGGGAAAGGGAGGAAAGAGAGAGGGCGCAACAUGCGCAACAAAGAAAGAUCACCACCCCUGAAAAAGGGGGCGGUUCCAAUGGCAGUGGGGGCAGUCAAGGAGGCAGCAGUGGAGACUCCAAGCCACCAAGCAGGGGACAACUGGAGGCUGUCGCCUCACCAUACGAGAGGUUUCCCAGGAGUGGCUUCGCAGAUACUCCCGCCCUUAGGCAGCUGUCGGAGUAUGCCAGACCUCAUGCUGGUUUCAGUCCAGGUCACAUGCCUAGGUCUUUGUUACCUCCUUCUCAUGUAAUGGACCCACUGAUGCAAUAUCAGUUGAGUAGUAUGUAUGGGCCUGGAGCUAGGGAAAGGUUGGAGCUGGAGCACUUGGAGAGAGAAAAACGGGAGCGAGAAAUAAGAGAACUCAGAGAGAGAGAAUUGAAUGAUAGGUUAAAGGAAGAAAUAAUGAAGAGUGGAAUGAGAGGGCCUCCAAACCCCAUGGAUCCCCAUUGGCUGGAGAUACAGAGGCGGUAUGCUGCUGCUGGCUUAGCAGGACCAGGAGGCCCCGGUCUACCUUUGCACCACUUCGCCCUGUACCCGGGAGCGGCCGCAGCGGCGGCGGCCGCAAAUUCGAACGCCGCCCAACUGAACCAGAUGGAACGGGAACGACUGGAGCGACUAGGAAUCCCGCCCCCACCACCUCCGGGAGCUGGUGGACCGCCUCCACCUCCCGGACAUCCCCACCAUCCUGCAGCAGCAGCGGCAGCGGCCGCAGCUCACCAGGCCCAGCUGGAAGCGGCCGAAAGGCUUGCCCUGGCUACAGAUCCUAUGGUGCGACUCCAGAUGGCAGGGAUUUCACCAGAAUACCACGCGCAUACUCACGCACAUACUCACGCUCACACGCACCUUCACUUGCACCCACAGCAACAGCAAGCGCAGCAAGAAGCUGCCGCAGCAGCUGCAGGGUUUCCUCUUCCAGCUUCUGGAACCCCAGGAUAUCCGAGGCCAGGGUUGAUUCCUAGCAGAGAUGGCCCACUAGGAUUGCACCACCCAGAUCUCUUGGGUAGACCAUAUGCGGAUCAGUUAGCACACCAGGCUGCCGCACAUGAGCAUCAGUUGCAGAGGCAGAUGCUGCUAGAAAGAGAUAGAUUUCCUCCCCAUCCAUCCAUUGUCGCCCAACAUGAAGAGUACCUAAGGUCUGUUCAUGUACUUUGAUUGCCAUUAUAUACCGCCAAUGCAUUUUUUGUUAACUCUCGUAGCUCCAUUCGUAACACUCUCACCGGUCCUUUACCUGACUACAUUUUCAAAUUGUGUUGAGACUUUAUAAUUGUGAAUACAGACAAGUAUAAAGGUAUGCAGUUCGAAACUAAGAUGUCUUGAGGUUUUGUAUUUUUCCAGAAUCAGACGGGGUUUAAAUAAAUAACAUAUUAAUCGUGAUUGUAAUCGUUUUAUUCACAUUGGUAGUGCACUGAUUUUGACUAUAUACUUUAUUUGUCUUCCAGGUGACUCCGUUUGUUUUUUCUUACUUUCAUAUUCCAAAGUGUGUUACUGCAAUAGUGUGGAAGGUCCCGGAGAUUGCGCGAAGUCAUUCUAAAUCUUAAUUUGUCGUUUUGGAGGGCUGGACGUCCCUUUUUGGGCGUGAGAAUGCAGCCCUAGGCGGUCCUGCGCUAUGCUGGUUUUGCUUUUUGCCGACUUAAAAUUUUUAAUGAUGCUUCGUGCUAUCUCAGUAUGUUGCGGGACAUUUAACUCUAAUGUAAUAACAUACUAUAAAUAAAUAUGAAAAAUAAAUAACAACCGAAGUGUCACUUGGGAGACAGAUAAAUAAUAAAUAUGUCAUUUUGCUGAAGAAGGAUACUGUUGUGACCAAAACCAUUGCAUUAAAGAUUUUUUAACACAUGUGGUUUUGAUUGGCCAGAAAAAUAUAGAGGGUUAUCGACGCGAAAACCACAGGAUAAGUUUCAGAUGUUGCAUUAAAUAACACGUUGAUACAAUAGUUGAAUAAAACGUUUUCUCGUCCAACACGACUAUUCAAUGAUAGAUUUCAUUAUUGAAUUUGACUAAAACUGAGAACCAAUAGGUAUUAAGGGUCCAUUGUCAAUAAUACAAUUCUGAUUGAACAUCCGUUUUUUGAAAAAAAAAAUAGAUAGCAUCGAAAAAAUGUACACGGGUGAACAAACUCACAAUUUGAAAUUGUCAUGACAACAGAUGCUUUACAACUACGGUAUCGACUGAAACAUGAAAAGCCUAUUCUUAUACAGUUUAUUUGUUAUAAUCACUCACACUCAUAGAAGAUUCGAUGAAGAACCGCAAGAUUUUCAUGUUUCUCGAAACCUGUAUUAGGGAACAGCAUCUAUAAACCCACCCAUCCUGUUUAACCAUUUUACAUCAUUUGCAUUAAUUUCUAUUUGCUUGGUACUUUUAUUCCUAUAACAGUUUGGAUUAGGCUAUUAAUAUUUUCAAAUGAAUUUCUAUAGACCACGCCCAAAAAUGCGCUUCUGCUUUGAAAUCACUAGAUAAGUUUCACUUCAUCUUGCGUGUUUCUCACAAAUUAAUUAUUGUAUAACUUGUUCAAUCCAACUGAGAUGAGUGUGCUUCUAAAUGUCAGUUAUUCUGUAGUACACUGUGGUUUUGUGAUGCUUGCCAUCUAUGUUUUCGCACAAUCACCAGAGAGCUUACUAAUAUCAGUUUGUGUAAACUAAUGAUUAUCAUUUGUUGAUUUGAAAAAAUUGUUGAAUCCUAGAGAGAUACAGUCAUGCUGACAGUUCUUCUCAUGUUAUGUCGAACAACUUUAAUGGAAUAGGAAAGCAGAAGGAUGUAUUUUUCUGCUUAGAAUGCCGAGAAAGUAUUAUGUGAGAAAACAGCUUUGCACAAAAUAUACCGUUGAUUAUCGGUAGAAAAUGCAAGCCAUCGCUCAAUGUCGGUAGCGGCGCGUUAGAAGUGAGCCGUAAUAACUCAGAUAGCUCUCCGAACUGCAUCAAAUAGAGCUGAUGUAAAAGUUGUAGGACCAUCACUUGACUUUUUAACUCAUUUGGCUCUAACAUCUUUCCAAAACUUCUAUCUUGCUUGAAGAAAAUUAGUUGACCUUGGUAUACUGAUAAGGAUAGCAAAUACAGCAUUCAUAAUGCCAAAAUUGUAUUUGUGGGUGUUUUCAACGGGAAAAGAUUAUGUGUAUGCUAGCAGCUACCGCAUGUCUUCCAAGACACAAGUAGUGCUUAAUCAUGUAUAUCCCACCAUCAGUUGAAUUGAAGAUUGAACUAUUAUCAAUCAUCGGAAAACCGUAACUCAAUUCAUUUUUAAAGGAAUAAUGGUGUCGUCUAUAAAAUUCAGUCAUGAAAAAACAGCCUAAGAACGGCUGUCUAUAUAAUAUCAGUUUUCAUAUUUUAGGCAACAAAGAGAACGUGAGCUCAAAGUGAGAGCUCUUGAAGAGGCAGCAAGAGGUUCUAGACAGUAGAAUGGUAAGAAUUAUUAGGAUAGUUUUGAAAAAUUCACAAUAUACGUAAAAUGUGUGGGCUAUUAAAAAUUAGAUGAAAUGUAGAGUUGCAAAAAAUACCAUGUGAUGGAUUGCCCUAAGAUUUGCUGUGAUUUCCUUCGCGUCCUUGUAAUGUGUGGACAAUGUGUCAGGAUUAUCGCUGCAUUUUACUGUAUCUGUUGUCACAUGACUAGGAAAUCUUGCGCUUACAUCAAACCUCUUAAAUUUGUGUAUGAGAAACUUGUGGUGUUCUAACUAAACUGGACCAUAGCAAGCAUACGAAAGCUGCUGAAUAGAUGACUUUAAUAGUCGUUUAAUAAAUUUAUUGCAGUUGAUUAUAUUCGGUAGUGAACUCGCCUUAUAGGCCAAAUCACAGUGUGGAAUAUAUGUGAAUUUUUCUUGUAUCCUUUUAAUAUUGUACAAUGCAUGACUCUCAGUUUUAUAAAUUGGUGAAAAAACCUCAGGUCCCAUCUAGUUAUGACAAUGACGAAUUUAUUAAUACCAGUGUUGCAAAAACAGCAAAAUCUGAUUUUUACGACUAAAACGUUAUGUUUUUGUUUAUAGUUAAAUUGAAAUAAUUUUUUCCUUGAAUAUGGCAAUGAACUUUGAAACCACUUAUUUUCAUUAUUUUUCUCUAUUCGCCCAAGAAUAUUUUUUAUCUAGAUUUACAGUAAGAUUCGAUCGUCUUCAUAAUGAGCGGUUGACGCCAGACGAAUCAUUCCUUAAUUUAUUGUCGGUCCAUACUGUUUUAUCCUUUUUUUUUUGUUUAAAUCGUAGUGUUUUCAAUAGAUAGCUGGAAUGUCCCGAAAUGGUGGUAGUAAAAAAGACUCUAUUUGGCAAUAUUUUGUUGAAAAAUCGAAUAAGCCAGACGGAAAAAAAGGAAGCAGAAAGAGCUGUAAAAAUGCAAAUUUGAAUUACAAGGAAUUGUUGAACGGAUGAAAAGACACUGAGAGUUAUGUCAGAAAACGGAAGUAGUUCAAUUUAUGAAUAUUUACGUUGAACUGAUGAGGAUUAGUUAUGUUUUUAAACUUAUUUAUAUCGUCGCAACCAUGCUACUUACCGCUUCACCAUAUAUCAGUUCAGGAAGAAUUUACGAAGAAAAUAUUUGAUUUUGUAACCAAAGGGCGACCAGCAGAAUAAGCAGAUGUUCGACGAAAAGUUUUUUUUUCCUGUGAGAACCUAAACUAUGUUCACGCUCUUACUUUUCGGCGCCACUCCUUCCCGUCAGAAUUUUGUUUUCUAAGAACCGUUUUACACACAAGAGAAUUACUCCGAAAAUUACGGACAUAAUUAUGCCGAAAAUUUUUGCUGUCGAAUUACACGUAAAAGAAUUCUUAUGAAAAUUUUCAUGGCGAGAAUCGGCGCAGAGGAUUAUUUCCGUGCAUGUCAUUAUCAAAUGUCAACGUCAACAACCCAACAACAUAACCUCACUUAACAUUUGUGGGUGUGGUCCUGUUCGAGUCGUACGAAGAAGCGUUCAUUGUUAUUGUUUAUUCAUAAUGUCGUGGAAGCGGGAAGAAGUUACACUGUUAUAGGAGGAGUACCAAAAAUGGCCAAACCUGUACAAGGUGAAGUCACCCAAUUACAAAGACAGACAUUUACGGCGUCAGGCGCUGGAUGCGAUAGUCCAAGCAUUGAGAAGUUUUAUAAUAACCAGGAUCUCGAUUUCAAAAAUAAAUUUAAAUCAACGACGUCUGUUGUCUUUCCGAUUUUAUUGGACGUCAUACCCGUUAAGGUUAUGUACAUUCGAAAAUAUUGCUCUAAUGCGCAGUCGUAUCAUAUGAAUUACUCGGAAAUUUUGUUCGCUUGUGUCAUACAGGUUGUAGAGAAAAUCUUCCAUAUUUUUUCCAUGCAAAUUUUCGGCAUAAUUAUGACCAUAAUUUUCGGAGUAAUUCUCUUGUGUGUAAAACGGCUCUAACACCAGUUAAACAUCUUUUUGCUACGAUAGCAAUGUAUGGUACUUACUGUCUAGAUAUCAGUCUGUCAACCAUACAGUUACCACAUACAAGUUGUUACUUGGUGGUAGGCCUUAACUACCAGGACGCAUUCCUGGACCAAAUUCAAGGAUAAAAGUUCAUUAUAAACAUGCGUUGUAAAAAAUGCUGCUUUGUAAGAAUCAGGUUGUCAAAAAUUUUAAAAAAGUAUGGCUGUUGACGGAGAACAAAUAAACUGUCACGGGAAAACAAAAAUACGUUCAUAAUACCAGAACAACAAUCCUUGCCAACGAGCAAAGUUGAUUUGUUCUUAUUUUAAUAAUUUGUCGACAUGUAUUGAAGUUGUUUUUAUUUUUCUCCUCGCAAACUAAGUGAGAUACGAAAACAUACCAAUAGACAAAAAAGUUGUUUCAUUAUCUACUUAAUACGAAAAAAAUAUAUGGUUUUCAAAAAAGUCAGCGGCGUACAGUUUUUGUCAGUAUCAUUCGUGAGAUUCACUGGAAUUUAUAAUAAUAUUUUAGCUGAACAUGUCUUCCAAAUGCCUUUACAAAAUGUAGAUGGGAAGUAUGCUAAAUUGGUGGUUACGCAUUGAAGUAGGCUAAUUCAUGAUCCUUCCUUAUUAUUUAUCCAAUUUUAAAUAUCGUCCAAAUUCUAUAAAACAAUUAACAAGUGUUUUUAUUUUCAGUUUGCUCUCCUUGGCCAGAAAUACUGACUUCAAAAUGGCGGGUCUAUGAUAUAAAUCAAAUUUUCAUAGGUAAAAUUUGUAUGUUUAUACAAUAUCUGGAAGAUUUAACAUUUUAUAUAGACUAAAAUAGAGCAUAGUAAAGUAUAUAGCUAUUUUAUAAGGGAAAAGUACUUAUAUACAAUUUUACUUUUUCAAAGUAUUUUUUGCAAAAUAGGCAACUUUUGUAAACAGUGUCUUGUCUGAAGAAAUAGGUGUUCAGUGGAGUUAUUUUGUAGAGGUACCCAAUUGUAAAUAUUACAGAAACUGUUCUGUGUGAAAUCGUUCUAAAUAUUGUACAGUCUUCCCGUUUUUUAGAGAAGAAAAUAUAAUUUUUUUCAUGUACAUAACCAACUGUGCAAAUCUAAAGGAAUCAUAUGCCUUACAACUAUAUCAAGAAAAAUACAAAAAUACGUAUUCUAAGCUUUUUGUCAUCUUUUGCAAUCAUUUCUGUGUAUUUUCAAAAGUAGUACUUAUUUAUGUGUAAUUUAU